CGAAGUUUAGUCGAUUAAAAAUGUCUUCUCUCAAAGACCUUUGUGCUGGUUUGCCGGUGGACCCCAUACCCGAGCCUCGAGAUAGGGAUGAAAGUGUUCCUCAUGCACCAGUUCGUCUUACACAUUUGUCAGAAGAUGAAGAAUUGCUUGCUCUUCAAAAUGCGCUGAGGUAUUUCCCGCCUGAGACUCAUGAGGUCCUUGCGCCUGAGUUUGCCCAAGAGCUACGUGACUAUGGCCAUAUCUACAUGUACCGUUUUAGACCAGAUUUGGACAUGAGGGCUUACCCAAUUGAUGAGUACCCAGCACAGACGCAUCAGGCUGCUGCCAUCAUGCAUAUGAUCAUGAACAACUUGGAUCCCAGAGUAGCACAGUUUCCUCAUGAGUUAGUGACUUAUGGCGGAAAUGGGCAAGUCUUCAGUAACUGGGCACAGUUCUGGAUAGUCAUGCAAUACUUGAGUGAAAUGAAGGAAGAUCAGACGUUAGUCAUGUAUUCAGGUCAUCCAGCUGGCCUUUUCCCUAGCUCUUCCAUGGCCCCAAGAGUGGUAAUCACCAAUGGAAUGAUGAUUCCUAAUUACUCCACUCGUGAGAUGUAUGACAAGCUAUUUGCUCUUGGUGCAACUAUGUAUGGUCAGAUGACUGCUGGAAGCUACUGCUAUAUUGGACCACAAGGCAUUGUUCAUGGGACCACAAUUGUGGUGAUGAAUGCUGGCAGAAAGCGUUUGAAAUCAGACAAUCUUGCAGGAAAGGUUUUUGUGACUUCAGGUCUGGGUGGAAUGAGUGGGGCCCAGCCCAAAGCUGGCGUGAUUGCAGGCUGUAUUGCAGUUGUUGCUGAGAUCAAUGAAGCAGCUUUGAUGAAACGUUAUGAGCAAGGGUGGCUCAUGGAAUACACCUCUGAUCUUCCUACAUGUAUUGAACGCAUAAAGCAAGCAAGGAAAGAAAGAAAGCCUCUCAGUAUAGGGUACCUUGGAAAUGUGGUUGCACUGUGGGAGGCUCUAGCUGACGAGUAUGAUAGGACAGGAGAGUUACUUGUGGACUUUGGUUCGGAUCAGACUUCUCUUCACAAUCCUUACAAUGGAGGCUACUACCCUGUUCAGGUUAGCUUUGAUGAAGCAAAUGAGAUCAUGAAAGACGAUCCAGAGAGAUUUAAAAAUUUAGUUCAACAGAGUUUGCUGCGGCAGGUUGCUGCAAUAAACAGACUCCACGCCCGUGGGAUGUUUUUCUGGGAUUAUGGAAAUGCUUUUCUUUUGGAGGCCAGCAGAGCAGGGGCUCCAGUGGUCAAAGAAGGUUGUCUUCCUGGAACUUUUAUCCACCCGUCGUAUGUUCAGGAUAUUAUGGGCGAUGUUUUCGGUAUGGGAUUCGGCCCAUUCCGAUGGGUGUGUACUUCUGGGUUAGCAGCCGACCUUGAAGCCACGGAUGAAAUCGCUAGAGAAGUUCUAGAAGGGAUCAUAAGCCAAGGAGUUCCAGAUGAGGUCAAAGUUCAAUACAAUGAUAACGUGCGCUGGAUCAAGGAAGCGCAGGCGCAUCACUUGGUGGUUGGUUCCCAGGCCCGCAUCCUCUAUGCCGACAGGCGAGGCCGCGUGGCUAUUGCACAAGCAUUCAACAAGGCAAUCGCAGAGAAACGAAUCUCGGGCUGCGUUGUGUUGUCACGUGACCAUCAUGACGUCAGCGGUACCGACAGCCCAUUUCGUGAGACGUCCAGUGUAUACGACGGUUCUAGUUUAUGCGCAGACAUGGCUAUACAGAACGUGAUUGGCGACUCGUUCAGGGGGGCCACAUGGGUUGCUAUCCAUAACGGUGGAGGGGUAGGCUGGGGUGAAGUCAUCAACGGUGGAUUUGGGAUGGUGCUUGACGGAUCAGAGGAGAUGAGCCAGCGGGCGGAAGUCAUGUUAUCCUGGGAUGUAUCUAACGGGGUGUAUCGCCGUGCCUGGGCUGGUAACGAGAAAGCAGAGCACGCCAUUUGCAGGGACAUGGAGGCCAACCCCAAGCUAAAGGUUACCAAGCCACACCACGUGUUAGACCCAACCCUCCUUAAGCGCGCCUUCCAGCCCUGAGGAGUCCAACGAGAAACAUAAACAUGGGAUAUACAGGGGAUAUGAACCAGCAGUCGUAAGGAUCAGUGAACUUAGAGACCUGACUACGUGUCUAUGACCUUGGGUUAUAAAGAGCAACAUGGAUAGCUUUAAGGGGCGACAUUGUCGUUAACACAAUGAGUUUGUGGUGUCUGUAGUUGACUGUGAGGCCGUAAGCAUAAUUGACCAAGAAGACUGUAGCAAUUCAUGUGGGAUCCCUCGAUCUAGCUUUCGCCUCUCUAUUGGCGGGUUGCUGGGUAGACCGCAGACCGCUGAAAAUCUUGACGGAAGCCAUUGAGUGUAUGCAGCACCACAGCAUCGUUCAACUGCUAGCCUCACUCGGCCACGUGACACCAAGGAGCAUCUGUCUUUAUAGGGCAACAUGGUGGGCUAACAUGAUAUGGCUGAUUUGCGUUUGUGACGCUAGUGUUUGCACGCGGGCCUACCUAAAAUUAAAGAUCACGUGACUUCCCUUCUCGGACGUAGUUUUGGGGCAGUAAGUUGUUUAAAAAAGGAACGAUCUUAGGGAGUGGACCGUGAAUUGGUAUAUUUUAUAAGGGAUGUCCGUGUUUGUUAUUAUUAUGAGUAAUAUGUAUAAAAUAUUGGUCAAACUAGAGACAUAAAAACAGUAUACUGCU